CUCUCAGGAGUCUGAGUGCUCAUUCUGCCUGCCAUGAGGACUCUCUGCUCUCUGCUGCUGAUAGGCUGCCUCCUUUUCUCCUAUGACACUCCAGUUGUUGGCUUUCUAAGAAGAUCUGUCUCGGGAUUUCAGGAGUGCCACAGUAAGGGAGGGUACUGUUACCGUUACUAUUGUCCUCGCCCUCACAGAAGACUGGGUAGCUGUUACCCAUAUGCGGCAAACUGCUGCAGGAGGAGAAGAUGACUGGAAGGAAGCACAUGGAAGUCAAGUGACAGAUGUGUAACUGAUGUUUUAAUAAAGGAAACAUUUAAGCAGAUAAGCUUAUCUGCUUCAGAUCCUAUUGAAA